AAUGUUUCACAAGUCAAGGUGGAAGGUGUAAUUUGGAGCCUGUGUGUGCCACCAUGAAUAGGACAAGAGUUUUUAUGUCUCAAUCUAUUUGCAUCUAGCCAUGUACCCCUACAUGUACCUCAGACUGACCUGUUUGCAGCAAAUCAAAUCAAGGACCAGUUGAAAUACUAUUCAUAUGAAUAGACGGAAAAGUGUAAUUAUUGCAGUCUUAUAGGCCUCCUUGGAAUGAUCUUCUUACUGCAACUAAAUAGGGGCACUGAUAAUCUGAAUUCAUUUCAUACCGAUUGAGUACUUCAUGUUCCUGACACCAUACAACAUACAUGCACAAUGAAUAUAGAGAGACUAAGAAUUCCUGCACGACUUCUUUAUGCGGUUCUUCGGGUGCCCUCAUCUAUGUGUAGGAACACUAAUAGGCACAGGCAUGCAAUGUGCAUUCCUUUUAGAGCUUUUUGCAUACAGAGGAAUAUAACUGAGAUAUCUAAUUCAAUGAGAAUGAGUGCGAUAUCUUUGACAUUAAUGAAUGCGAGGAGAUCAUCAUGUUUUGUGUCUUCAAGGGAUUACUUUCGGUAUCCUCAAAUAUUUUCCAGCUUGCUUUCAUUAGAUGAUACUGUACAAGAACUACAUUGUUCACCAACAAAGAGAUGCUUACACCAAUCACCAGUAUUCCAUCGUAAACGGAAGAGUAGAACUCCAGAUGAGAACGAGAGGAGAUUUGAUGAGACGACGGGUGAUGGUAUCGAUGAGGACCAGGAGUAUGGAGAGGAAGCUAUUGAAUAUGCAAAUGAGCUUGUGAAUAGAGGACAUCAGGGUUUACAAGGUCAUCGUGUUCUUGUUAUUCAACCUGUUAUAAAGACUGAGAGAAGACACAAGUCAGACAGUGAGCUGAAGAUGAUUGAAGCACAGUCUCUAGUUACAACACUUCAGAACUGGUCAUUGUUCGAUAGCAGACUGAUGACUGUCAAGUCACUGAGCAAGAAGUACAUGUUUGGACAAGGAACCUUUGAGGAGCUAACUGCCCAGAUCCGGUCUCAACCAGAUAUAACCAGUGUGUUCUUGAAUGUUGAUAGACUGAGUGGUGUACAGAAGAAGACUAUGGAGGAAGAAUGGGGAUUGCCUGUUUACGAUAGGUAUGAGGUUGUUCUACAGAUCUUCAAGGAACAUGCCUCAUCCAAGGAAGCAAAGCUACAAAUAGCUCUAGCAGAGCUACAUUUUAGAAGAUCACAUUUACACCAGGAGACCUUUGACCUAGACCAACAGAGUGGAGCUCAGCAGUACAUAGGUGGUGGAGGAGAGACCUUACUGGAGAAGAAACAACGUCAGCUGCGAGACAAAGAGGGCGCUCUCAGGAAAGCUCUUGAGAAGCUGAAAGGAAAGCGAGCAUUGUUGAGGAAAGGCAGAGAGAGAAAACACUUUCCACAUGUAGCUGUUGUUGGAUACACCAAUGCAGGAAAGACGUCUCUAAUAAAAGCUAUGACAGGAGACACAAGACUGGAGCCAAGGAAUCAACUGUUUGCAACACUCGAUGUAACAUCUCAUGCAGGUUAUCUAUCUAAUAGAAUGCCUGUCAUCUAUGUAGAUACUGUAGGAUUCAUCUCUCAUCUUCCUCAUCAAUUGAUUGCAUCUUUUGCUGCUACAUUAGAAGAUGUCCUGUGUGCUGAUCUUCUUGUGCAUGUAAGAGAUGUUAGUCAUCCUGAAUCAGAGAAUCAAAAGAUUGAGGUCAUCGGUGUCCUUCAUGACCUCGGGGUCAAUCAGCAUCUUCUAGACAACAUGAUUGAGGUCAAUAAUAAGAUUGACCUUCUACACAACAAGUCUGAAUUUGCUGCCUUGGAUAAUUGCUAUCCAGUUUCAGCCACCCAUGGAACUGGAUUAAACCAGUUAACAGAGGUCAUAGAGGUCAAACUGGUUGAAGUCACUAAGAGCGUUAUGUGUGAUGUCAGAAUACCACAGGCUGGAACACAUCUAGGCUGGUUGUACAAGGAGGCCACUGUCCAGGAUGUUUCAACUAUAGAGGGCGAUACAGAACAUUUACUUGUUUCUGCUGUGUUCAGCUGUACAGCAUACUCAAAGUUUACUGCAAAGUAUGGCAACCUUCGACCUUCAUAGAUGCUUCAACUAUUGAGAGAAAUUGUGAACAUUUACUAGUAUCUGUCCAGGGUAUUCUGACAGCAUAUGAUUUUGUAGAUAUACAUGUAGAUGAACCAACUUUUGAAGACAAGACAGACCGCUUGUAGCAAACUCUCAUAAGAUAUGGCUCCUCACUUUAUCGACAAACAUGUACAU